UUGUAGCACUAAUCUAUACAUAUAAAUUAAUAUCCCAUGUCUUCCUUUGAUUUACACAAAUCUAGCAGUUUUCUGAAACUAAAAAAACCCCGUAAAUCAUGGGCAAAAUCGUCUUUAUUUCUAUUCUUGUUAUGUUGCUAUUGGUUAAUGGAACUGCUGAAAACAGUUUAUCUGACACCUUUGAUAUAUUUGGUGAGCUUGAAAGUCUGGACUUAGAAGAUGAUGAAAUAGAGUUCUCGGACUUGCCAUCAUGGUCAAGUCAACAUGGGAGCAAGAUUCUCGUAAAUGUGGAUACCUUUGGUGCAGCUGGAGAUGGAGUUACCGAUGAUACAAAGGCCGUUCAAAAUGCAUGGACACAAGCUUGCUCUACAGCAAAAUCCGUGCUUUUGGUUCCUCCUGGUCGGACUUAUCUGGUUAAUGCAACAAGAUUUAAAGGACCAUGUGCUGGAAAGUUGAUUAUUCAGCUUGAUGGAACAAUUGUAGCACCAGAUGAACCCAAGGAGUGGGAUCCAAAAAAUCCUCGAAAUUGGCUUCACUUUUCUAACCUUUCGGGAGCCACUUUCCAAGGACGUGGAGUUAUCGACGGGUCGGGCAAGAAAUGGUGGGCUGCAUCUUGCAAGAAAAACAAGACAAAUCCGUGCGUAGGAGCGCCAACGGCAUUCACAAUUGAUCAAAGUUCAGCUAUAAAGGUGAAAGGUCUUACCUUCCAGAACAGCCAACAGAUGCAUUUUGUUAUCUCACGGUGUGAGUCUGUGCGCAUCUAUAGUGUUGUUGUUUCUGCUCCUGAAGACAGUCCAAACACCGACGGAAUCCAUCUUACCGGAUCAACAAAUGUUGUUAUUCAAAACAGCAAAAUUGGAACAGGUGAUGACUGUGUCUCAAUUGUGAAUGCUAGCUCAAAUAUCAAGAUGAAGAAUAUAUAUUGUGGGCCAGGUCAUGGAAUCAGCAUAGGAAGCCUUGGCAAGGAUAACUCUACAGGCAUAGUCUCAAAAAUAGUCCUGGAUACAGCUUUCCUUAAAGGCACUUCUAAUGGCCUCAGAAUUAAGACAUGGCAGGGUGGAUCCGGGUAUGUUAAAGGCGUACGCUACCAGAAUGUGAAAAUGGAUAAUGUAGCCAACCCCAUCAUAAUUGAUCAGUUCUACUGUGAUUCACCUAAAAGUUGUAAAAAUCAGACGUCGACUGUGGAGAUAAGUCAAAUAAUGUAUCAAAACGUUAGCGGAUCUUCAAAGAGUGCAGAUGCAAUGAAAUUUGCAUGCAGUGACACCAUGCCUUGCAACAACAUAGUGUUGAAUAACAUCGACUUAGAGAGGCUGGACGGUAAGACGGCUCAGACUUAUUGCAACUCGGUUACAAGCAUCAACUAUGGGUUCAUCCAACCUUCUGCUAACUAUUUGACCUCUUCCGACAAGUCUUUUAUCGAAGAAAACGAGUAA